AUGCCUCCCCCGAUGCAAGCAAACCCCAAGGAUCACGUCAUGGGUAAUUCUUUGAAACGCUAUGUCAAACAAAAACUCCCACCGGAUAUCUUGAAGGAGACGCUCGAGACGAUCACAGUGACACCCGUAUCGCGAUGCCGAGAUCCACCCCAAAGCAACCCUGCAAUCGAGCAGCUUGAUUCCCGGCGCCCUGAAGGAUCUUUUUCCGCACCACGAGAUUUCCAUUUAGCUUGCUUCCCAAGCGAAAACCUAGUCUUCCAUUACGCAAGUCUAGCUGCGACCUACCGCUCCAUUUCUGGCCAGAAUCCUGAGAUUGUGCGGAUAACUUUGCAAGAGCAGAGCCAUAUCAGGCGCGUCCUUUUCGAGUCCAAUCUUCGACAGAUUGGAAAGGUCGAUACAGUGAUCUUUGGUGAUGUUCAGCACUUGCAGAAAAUCCAUAGAGGCCAAUGGGAGGGAGCCGGCGCAUCCCACCACGACAUUUUUCGAUGGAGCAAGUGUGUUAACGCGAGGAAUGAAACAGUCAUCCUUCUCGGGUGCCUGGAGCGAAUAUGGGGCGACACGGGGUAUCACUUACUUCACGUUUUGAAAGAAUUAUCGGAUAUCAAAUGUGCCAUCUACAUUGCCAAGGCGGGCUCCUUACCGUUGGAAUAUGAGGCAAAUCAAUGGAUCGCAACCGGCGAAGAAGCGUUCCUAGAAGGUGAAAUCAUCAGAUGGGCAAGCCCUCUACAAAAAGCAGUCCAGCAUGCUAAGGAAGUAACUCAAGGGGUCAUUGUCACUGUGAAAACCCCUCUCUGUGAAACCCGAGACUGGUUCGAGGAGUGGUCGCCAAAAGCGAGCUGGGUAGACUGCGAAGCCGGCUAUGUUGCAAAAGCAGCCAAGGAGCAUGGGAUCAGUUUUGGGUAUCUACACAUCAUUUCUGAUAAUUUGCAGGUGGUAGAUGGCGAAGACCUAUCGAACGAGGACUUAGAUUCUGUCGUAAGUAAACGAGGUAUACUAUAUGACAAAAUCAGUGAAAUUCUUGACACAUUCAUGUCGCAGUAA